CAAACAGGAAGUGUGGCAGUUUACCUACAGAACUGCAAGCGGCGUCAUGGCGGCCUACGAGCAGGUUCAAAAGGGGCCCCUGAAACUAAAAGGCGUUGCAGAGCUCGGCGUCACCAAGCGGAAGAAGAAAAAGAAGGACAAAGACAAGGCGAAACUCCUGGAAGCGAUGGGAACGAGCAAAAAGAACGAGGAGGAGAAGCGGCGCGGCCUGGACAAGCGAACCCCGGCCCAGGCGGCCUUCGAGAAGAUGCAGGAGAAGCGGCAAAUGGAAAGGAUCCUGAAGAAAGCAUCCAAAACCCACAAGCAGAGAGUGGAGGACUUCAACAGACACCUGGACACCCUCACGGAGCACUAUGACAUUCCCAAAGUCAGCUGGACAAAGUAGCCUCCCCACCCAGGGUAUGGAGUGGCAUCAAGGGGAAGUGGAAGGCAAAGUUGGGGUUAUGUUUCGUGCCUUUGGUAUUUUCUAGAAACAUUCUUUUACACACACCCUUGCGUCUUCUGCUGAGACGAGUGCUUUCCAAAGCAGUGUGCCCUCUUUCUGGAACUUGAUUAAAGUAAGACUGUCCUUUUACUCUAUUUUGGUUUGUCGGUAGCAUAGAAGAUAAACCUUUUUAGGCUGGACUGGAAAUUUUUACAAGUUUAUCCAGAGAUUAAGUUAUUUCUGUGUGUCACAGAAAAGUGUCUUUACCCCCCAAGUUGCAUCUAACUCUGAUAGUCAGCCAGCUCUCUUUCCCUGGGUGAAACAGACUCCAGAAGAUAAGGAGUUAAUGCCCCCACGGGGCCCUGCGUGAGCUGUCCUCCCAGGCUCCCUCUAGCAUGGGGCUUAGGCUGUGCCUUCCGAGCCUAGGGAAGCCACUUGAACCUUCAUAGCCUUCGGAAUGCCUCUCCAGCCACCCUGGUGUUUGAGACAAUGCAGCCUGGAAAGCGGGACAACCGCCUAAGGCAAGGAUGGAAUGCACUCCUUGUCCCUGCCUGAGCCUGCGGUCGGCAUGCAGCCUCUUCCCCUAGUGUCCCUAUUCCAGACAUGUCUAGAGGGUGUUGCCAUGGCAGACGUCGUUACUCAAGCAGGGCAUCCCUUUGUAAUGGAACCCUGACACAGCCUGCCUCACUACCCUCAACCCUAGGCUCUGAGCACCUCCUGGGUUUAUUCAGAGUUGGCACAUAACAUGUAGCCCGCUUGGCCUUUCUGGCCUAAGGACACCUCAGGGGUGACAAUACCUGGGCAGAGCCCCAGCACAGACAGUGCAGUCAAAGGGGAGGACCCAGGUCCUGGUGCUGGAGAGCCAUAAUCUCUGAGGACCUACGUGUACCUACUUGCUGAGGAUCGAACUGCAUAUACUAUUGGGAGGAAGACUCUGUUGACCCUAGGUAGUGACAGAAUAGCAAAGUCAAAAGAGAAAAACCAAGUGUUGGGUUCGGGGCUGUCACCUGUGAACAGAAUAAAGCAAAAAAUGGUUAUGAGA